GCUCCAUCAUCCCGCGAUCAUUUGUCGCGUUCUCGACCGAAGAAGACCACAGAAUUGGCCUUCCUAGUACAGUUUGCAGCUCCCUAGGUAUACGAGUCCAAUCUCUUCGAUGUGCAUGAUUGUAUGAGUGUCCGUCCUGUUCCGUCGCCAUGAUACCUACCGCACGCUGUCUGGCUCCCGGGUUCUGGCGCAGAAGCCUCGACGAAUUUGGCCGCCUGUCCAGGCGAGUCCUGAAGUUCGAGUCACUGCAAAGGCCCGAAAAAGCCUUCCCUCUGAUCCUCUUCGACAGCCCGGAUGACUUGACCAGAUGCAAGCGCAUGAGUGACAAGGAUAUCGGCGGGUUCUCCACCGUCCAUCUCGACUUCCACCCAGCCUCAGACAAGGAACCGGCACAUGCUCGCUUUCACGGGGAGAUAUCGACCGAGCUCCCGAAAAACCAGCCUCUAGUCGAGAGAACCGGUUAUGCUGGGUGGAGGACACGGGAUCCCGGCUACACUAUAUUCGGAAAGUCACUGUGGGAUGUAGAUUCGUACGCGUAUCUGGCAGUUCACUUUAAAUCAGACGGCCGCAAGUACUUUGUCAAUGUGCAGACAGAGUCGAUAGUACCAACGGAUAUCCACCAACACCGCUUGUACACCAAGACGCCCGGAGAGUGGGAAACGCUAUUAAUCAAGUGGAAUGAGUUUGUCCGUACAAACCAUGGCCAGGUCGUGGAGCCGCAACGGGAGAUGUUGACGCAGAAGGUACGCAGUGUUGGAAUGUCCGUCAUUGAUCGGAUCACUGGGCCAUACGAUCUCAGUAUCAGCCGUAUAUGGGCUACCAAUGGAGGCCCGGAAGACGAGAUCCUUCGAAGCGUCAGAGGCCAUAUCUCAGGAAUCCCGGUGGCGGCGAGUCGGCCACGCAAGUAUGGUAAACUUGCUAUCAAACCAAAGGAUAAGCCAGAGAAUGCUCAUGCCGAUUGAGCUCAGACGUUGUCGGCGCUGGUUUUUUUUUCUACCGGCAGUACAUAUGUACCCAUACAUGUUCUCUCAAGCCCAGUUAGGUGGGUGGACGAUUUCAGAAAUGGCGUAAGGAGCUUAUUCAGGGCAAGGCGCCCAAUCGCCGGAUUGGUUAUCAGGUCUCAGGUUGGGCGCGUAGUUUUGCGGUCCAAGUGAGCAGCAUGAGUGAUUUAGAAACAGGAGCUCCCUCGCAGCUGCGCCGGUUGGACGUCUAUGGAUUCCACCAAACGUGUGAAAUUGAAACCUCCGAAAGGAUCCUUGGGCUACUGUCCUUAAACGUUCAGUGUUUUAUAUUUCCCUUCACGAGCACAUCAGGAAGUCGGUAGCGCCCAUUUCCACUACUC